AUGGAUUUGUACAAGAUUUGGGAUGAGAAAGUGGGUACUUUUAGAGACAUUCAUAUUUAUGUGGAUGAUAUGAAAGGUCAAAGUGGAGAUUCAGUAGUUAAUGGUGAAGAUAAAGGAGAAGUAGGAGAUGGACUGGUUGGUGAGAAUGAUUGUGGAGUAGGAGAUGGAAUGAUUGGUGAAAAUGAUGGUGGGGAGGUAAGAAGAGAGGACAAAGGUGUACCUGCUCCAGCAAUUGGUAUAUCAAAUCAAGAAGCCUCACAGGUAACAAGAGAAGACAAAGGGGAACCUGCUCCAGCAAUUGGAAUAUCAACUAAAGAAGCCUCACAGGAUGCAUCUGCAUUUCAUUUGACUAUUAUCAUUCCGCUAGACCAAUCAAAAAUCAUAUCACUAUUUUAA